AGAGGACCAGAGGCAGAAUCGAGAACCCCGGCGAUGGAAGAGACCUAACAUCCAUGCUUCUUUAUCCUGCUUGGCCUUUUUGGGGCUUGCAAGAUAGCCCUGGAGGUCCAACAGGCGCUCCUCCAAGCGGAGCCUUGGAGGGCACGGCCGGCACCAUUACCUCCAACGAGUGGAGCUCUCCUAACUCCCCUGAGGGGAGCAACGUCUCUGGCAGCAGUCAGGUAUUGGACAAGCCCAUCGACAACGAUGCGGAGGGUGUGUGGAGCCCGGACAUUGAGCAGAGCUUCCAGGAGGCCCUGGCCAUCUACCCACCCUGUGGCCGGCGCAAGAUCAUUCUGUCAGAUGAGGGCAAGAUGUACGAACACAGUGCAUGUUGCCUGUCACGAGCUGGAGCCAUUGUGUGGGCACACGCCCCUCCUCAGCUGGGUGGUGCGCUCUUUGGCACAGGCCGGAAUGAGCUGAUUGCCCGCUACAUCAAGCUCCGGACAGGGAAGACCCGCACCAGAAAGCAGGUCUCCAGCCACAUCCAGGUGCUGGCUCGUCGCAAAGCCCGUGAGAUCCAGGCCAAGCUAAAGGACCAGGCAGCUAAGGACAAGGCCCUGCAGAGCAUGGCUGCCAUGUCAUCCGCCCAGAUCAUCUCCGCCACAGCCUUCCACAGUAAAAUGGCCCUCGCCCGGGGCCCUGGCUGCUCAGCAGUCUCCGGGUUUUGGCAAGGAGCUUUGCCGGGCCAAGCUGGAACAUCCCAUGAUGUGAAACCUUUCUCUCAACAAACCUACACUGUCCAGCCUUCACUGCCUCUAUCAGGGUUUGAGUCUGCUGCAGGACCCACCCCGUCGCCCUCAGCACCCCCAGCACCCCCAUGGCAGGGGCGCAGUGUGGCCAGCUCCAAGCUCUGGAUGCUGGAGUUCUCUGCCUUCCUGGAGCAGCAGCAAGAUCCUGAUACGUACAACAAGCACCUGUUCGUACACAUUGGCCAGUCAAGCCCUAGCUACAGUGACCCCUACCUCGAAGCCGUGGACAUCCGCCAGAUCUAUGAUAAGUUCCCAGAGAAAAAGGGUGGACUCAAGGAGCUCUUUGAGCGGGGACCUUCCAAUGCAUUUUUCCUCGUGAAAUUCUGGGCAGAUCUCAACACUAAUAUGGAAGAUGAAGGCAGCUCCUUCUAUGGGGUCUCCAGCCAAUAUGAGAGUCCUGAGAACAUGAUAAUCACCUGCUCCACCAAGGUCUGCUCAUUUGGCAAGCAGGUGGUGGAGAAAGUGGAGACUGAGUAUGCCCGCUAUGAAAAUGGCCACUACUCCUACCGCAUCCACCGGUCCCCGCUCUGUGAGUACAUGAUCAACUUCAUCCACAAGCUGAAGCACCUGCCCGAGAAGUACAUGAUGAACAGUGUGCUGGAGAACUUCACCAUCUUGCAGGUGGUCACCAACAGAGACACACAGGAGACUUUACUGUGCGUUGCAUAUGUCUUUGAGGUGUCAGCUAGUGAGCAUGGGGCUCAACACCACAUCUACCGGCUGGUGAAAGAAUAAGAGACUUGGGGAGCAGGGCGGGGGAAGAGACAUUGUGUGUGUAAGGAUGUGGGGAGGGGAUCUGCAGGGGCAGCCCCCUGAAGUGCCAAGAAAACUGACUGUUCCUACCCAGAAACAAACUGUGCCUGAACCUGCAGUGCCCAACCCCAAAUAAACCCAAGAUGUGUAUUUUCA